CCACCCACCCCACUCAACUAUUUAUUUAUUUUUCCCAUUGUUUUUCUUUUUCUCUUUUCUCUCUAAACAAAAGCAAACCAAAACAAAACCCUUGUUUCAGUUUCCUCUUUCUUGUGAACAAACAAACAAACAAACAAAAAAAUGAAAAUGGAGGCUUUGGACCCAACAAGUGUUGCUGCAUGUUUCAUGGUUGAUGAUGAUGAUGAUGACCUUCUCAACUUCUCUUUGGAAGAUGAACAUGAUGAUAAAACUUUAACUACUCUUACUAAUGACCCCCUUUCUUUUUCUUCUUCUUCUUCAGUUAACCACCCUGAAUGUGUAGAGGAAGAAUUGGAAUGGCUGUCAAACAAGGAUGCAUUUCCAGCAAUAGAGUUUGGCAUACUUUCCGAUAACCCGAGCAUUGUAUUUGGUCACCAUAGCCCGGUUUCGGUGCUGGAGAAUAGCAGUAGCACCAGCCACAGUGGUGGCAAUGGUGUUGCUGCUGGAAACGCGUAUAUGAGUUGCUGUGGCAACUUGAAAGUCCCGAUUAAUUACCCUGUUCGUGCACGGAGCAAGAGAAGACGCAGAAGACGAAGAGGCGGGCUUGCUGACAUGCCAACCCAGCGUUGUCUGGCGGUGAAUCAGCCGAGUUUCAAGAACGUUAAGCAACGUGAGCCAUUGCUUUCGUUACCGAUGAAUUCAGCUAAGAGUGCUGCUAGCAUUGGGAGGAGGUGCCAACAUUGUGGAGCUGAGAAGACCCCACAAUGGCGGGCAGGUCCUCUUGGGCCGAAAACGCUGUGUAAUGCUUGUGGGGUCCGCUAUAAGUCGGGCAGGCUGUUGCCGGAGUAUCGCCCGGCGAAUAGCCCUACUUUCUCGGCUUCUGUGCAUUCCAAUUCGCACCGGAAGGUGUUGGAGAUGAGAAAGCAUAAGAUUGGAGUGGGAGGAAUGUUGAUUCAUGAAGCUUGUGGAUAUAGGGUAGAACCGUAGUGAGUCAUUUGCAGGACAUUUUUCUUCUUUUACUAUAGUUAGCAUAGACUCUAGGGUUUUGUUGUAAUGGUCUUGAUGGUCAGUGAUUUGGUUUGGUUUUUCCAUCAAAAUCCGCUAGGAAUUUUGAACUUAGUGUGUUUUUAUUAUGCUUUUAAGAUAGAAAUCCAGAAAGAAGAGCUCCUAACAAAGAUUUGGUUGUUUUUUUUAAGUUCCAUCUACUUACCUUGUCAUUUGCAUGGAUUGGAAAUGAUACAUUUAUCUUGAGAAUGA